AUGUACCCGCUUCUCCUCCAGGGCCAUGACAGGCCACUCACUUGGGUUCAAUUCAACAGAGAUGGAGACCUUAUGUUCACAUGCGGCAAGGACGCGAAGCUCUCUUUGUGGCGGACAGAAGACGGCAUCCGCAUAGGCACGUACGACGUGGGCAAAGCGGUGGUUUGGGCCUGCGACUGCACUCUGGACUCUUCGCGUCUUGUUGCUGCUUCUGGAGAUCAAAAGAUUCUCAUUUUCGACGUUUGCAGCGGCGCUUUGCUCAACGAGAUUGCAGAACAGGGGCCCUGCAAGUUUGUGGAGUGGUGCCGCAUGCCCACCCAGCAGAACAAGUUCGUCCUCGCCCACGACAACUUCGGGGCCAACCAGAAGGGCAUUAAGGCUUGGAGGGUGGACGGGGAGACCCCGAAGCGGCUGUGGAUUCAAGACGACUUUGCUGCAAGGUGUAUUCAAGUCCACUGGGGCCCCUUCGACGAGACAGUAAUAUCAACUCACGAAAACGGGGACAUCAUGGUGUGGGACGCUGCAACCGGCGAGUACAUCAGCGAGCUGCGCGGCCACAAGUCCCUCAUCACUUGCAUGAGUUUCUCUGACGACAGAAUGCUGGCCCUCACGAGCUGCUCAGACGGCACAGCAAAGUUGUGGUCAACGAAGGACUGGGAAUGUUUGAAGGCAAGUUGCCGCUGCGUUGCUGCUGCUGCUGCUGCUGCUGCUGCUGUGGGCAUUGCUGCUGCUCCUCUGGGUUUCCGGCUGCGGCUUGUGUACCGUCGUGAACUGCGGCAGCUUGAGUGGUUUGGCGAGUUGGGUUUUGAAUUCAUGGCGAGCGGCGAAGGCAAGUUCGAGGCGCUGCUGUACCACGUUGUGCGCGGCGAAGAAAUCGCCAGCUGCAAAGGCCACUUCGGGCCGCUGCACACGCUGGCUUGGAAGCCCGACGGCAGCGGCUACGCCUCUGGCGGCGAAGACGGCUACGUCCGUCUGUACUCCUUCGACGAGGAGUACUUCACCGACGACAAGUUCCAGUGA